CCGCUGUUUCGGGGGGGUCACGCGGACUCAACUGCGGGGAAAACUGUUCAAUGUAACCCGCAGUUCCGUUGGAAACUGGAAAACUGCGACAGUUGAAUAUCUAGCGAUUUCCAACAGAACUGCGGCCAAUGUAUUUCUGCCCUUAGCCUCAGGUUUAGGUUUUGUUGGCGGGAUAUAGUACUAGUAGUAGAGACUGGAGCUGCAUGUGUAGAGUGACGAAAGAUUGGGCUGUCUGCUCAGAACUUCAGAACAGGAAGUGAGAUCCUUGAUCCGCGCAAAGAGAGCGACGCAGAGCUCCAUUUUGCACGUUGUCAGGCUCAUAUUGUUGCAUGCGCAUUGUCGGGGCUUUUGAUAUAAGACGCCUUGUGAUUCUUGACUGAGAGGCAUGGCUCCCGAAACGCCAGAUACUGGCGUAAGAGCAAAUGGCACACGGGAGGGGCCUGCCUGGAGCGGUGCGAGCUCAGCCAAAGAAACCAAAGGAAAUGGGCACGCUCAGGUGCCAGAUCUUGAGGCAGGCAGGCCGCCGCUUAAGUCACAAGUCAGCUCAUUGGCCCGGGUGGAUGUUCCUAUCACAGUCAAGUUCAGGGAUGUCCGAUAUGAAGUGGUCAUCCGUCCACACGAGCCGUGGUUUCAGCGGUUGUCGCUGAAGAAGACGGGCGAGGCAAUGGGGGUAGUCAGGAAGGAGAUUCUGCAUGGGAUAAGUGGGGCAGUGCUGCCAGGCGAGAUGUUGGCGAUGCUGGGCCCCUCCGGCUCUGGCAAAACGACCCUGCUCAACGUUCUGGGGGGGCGCCUCCGGCAGGGCGCGUCGGGGGGAAUCCUGUACAACGACCUCGCAUACCAAAAGUCGAUGAAGCGCCAAAUGGGGUUUGUGACGCAGGACGAUGUGCUGUAUGCCACGCUGACGGUGCGCGAGACGCUGCAGUACGCGGCGCUGCUGAGGCUGCCCAAGGAGCUGACGAGGGGCCAGAAGCUGCUUAGAGCAACGGAGAUUAUGGAAGAGCUCGGGAUUGAAAAGUGCAAGGACACAAUCAUUGGAGGCCCGUUCAUGCGCGGCAUCUCCGGUGGCGAGCGCAAGCGCGUGAGCAUCGGCCACGAGCUGCUGAUCAACCCGAGCCUGAUGCUGCUGGACGAGCCAACGUCCGGACUGGACAGCACCACUGCGCUGCGGAUCCUCACCACUCUCGACCAGCUUGCCAAGGGCGGCCGGACUGUGAUUACGACCAUCCACCAGCCAAGCAGCAAGAUGUUCCUCAUGUUCGACAAGCUGCUCCUGCUGGCCGAUGGCAACACGCUAUACUACGGGGCCGCCAGAAACGCCAUGGACUACUUUGCGCAGCGUGGGUACACGCCCAAAUAUGCUACCAACCCCGCAGACUAUCUGCUGGACCUGGCGACGGGCGAGGUCGCUGACGGCCCUGAGAAUGCUCAGGCGGUGAAAGACGAGCUGGCAACAGCGUACGGCCAGACCCAGGGUCCUCUCGAGCUACAAAGAAUGGACAGCCUGCCUGCGGCCUCAGCGGAGGACCAGGCACGCAGCGUGGGCAAGAAGACGUGGCCCUGCUCCUGGCUCGAGCAGUUCGUGCUGCUGACGCUCCGCGGCAUCAAGGAGCGCCGCUUUGAGGCGCUGGGCGGGCUCCGCUUCGUGCAGAUCGUGGCCAUCUCGGUCGUCUGCGGCUGCCUCUGGUUCAACUCCAAGAACCGCACGGAAGCAGACAUUGCCGACCAGACCGGAAUCCUCUUCUUCGAGAGCACCUUCUGGGGCUUCUUCCCCCUCUUCACUGCACUCUUCACCUUCCCCCAGGAGCGCCAGAUGCUGAACAAGGAGCGCGCCGUCGGCAUGUACCGGCUGACGGCCUACUUUUUUGCGCGCACCGUGGGGGACAUGCCGCUCGAGCUUAUCAUGCCCUUCGUCUUCACCAUCAUCGUCUACUGGAUGGCUAACCUGAAGCAUUCAGCGGCGGCCUACAUUCUGCACCUGCUGACGUUGCUGCUCGCGGUGCUGGUGUCACAGAGCCUGGGCCUGCUCAUAGGCGCCACCGUCAUGGACCUCAAGAAGGCCACGACGCUGGCGAGCGUUAUCAUGCUGGCGUUCCUGCUGACGGGAGGCUACUUCGUGCGGCAGAUUCCGGUGUGGAUCCGCUGGCUCAAGUACAUCUCCUUCCCCUACUACACCUUCCGGCUCCUUUUGAAGAUCCAGUACGACCCGAAGUCCGCAUACGAGUGUCCUGGAGCGAGCCCCGACAACACGUGCCUCAUCCAGAACGCCCCUGCACUGCACGGGGUGCCCUUGGGAGGGGGCGGCAUUGAGGCGAUGGCCCUUAUCAUCAUGCUCAUUGGCUACCGAUUCUUGGCGUAUGCGGCUCUGAGGGUGUUGAAUAAAGGCACAAAGUGAUUUGGGGAGCUGCUCUUUGCUCGACAGGUUUUGCGCGCGUUUACAGGCUAACGUUGUGUAGGGACAGGCUUUGGGAAAGGUCCGUGUCAUCGAGGAAGGGAUUUGAGCGUGAGAUUUGCAGCUGUGAAUGUAGCUGCGUAGUGACCGGGUUGCUUGAGUAGAGCCUGCGGUGAGCCUUGAUUUACGUACAUCAUCGUACCCCAGUAGCUCAAAGUCCCUUCUUUGAUUUCGUACUAGCUCAGCACUUCCAAUUAGGUAUUUCAAACUAAAAUAUAAAGAAUGUGUAAUUACAGUCGCUCAAACACUGAUUUUGGUGGAUUCCGCUUGGCAAGAUCGCUGACAAUCCUUCUGAUGUUGUUCCAAGAAAACGAAGACGUAAUACAAGUAGUAGGUUCUGGGAACAAGCUUGCUCAUGAAUCCUGACUAAUUGGUAGACAUUGAAAUCGGAUGGAGUAACAAUCACUUUGCCAUUUGCUCGUGUAGCAUCUGUUAUAUCUCGGGCAAGUCACUGUGGUCAACGUACCUUGACCGAGCAUGCUAGCCGUUGAACCCGGAA